AUGGAAAUACUAAUUGGAAACAACAAUAGAAACAGAGAUCAAAAUAAAGAAUUGAUUAGAAAAAGUAAAAUGUACCUUCUCCAUCAAAAUAUUGACAAAUUACUUGUUGAUCUAAAUAAGGCCCGAAAAAUUAAGCCAGAGGAUAUAAAAGUAUUAGAAAAUAAAGAAAAUAAAUUAAAGAAUAUAGUUGAAAAUCAAGGUUUAACCUACUUUAGUAAGAAAGAGAGAGAAAUAAUACCUCCUGACUUAUAUGAGGUCUUUGAAGAUAAUAAUUUAAAUGAACAAUAUAACUCUGGAUCUUGCUUUCGAAAUAGCAUAAAUAUGAUAAAAAACAAAUGGAUAACUAUAAAUAAAUCGGCAGAACGUGAGGAUAAAACUAAAAAUAAUAAUAU